CCCAUCAGCAGAUAUUUCCGCACUGACCAUAGGAGAUUGUCAUUACAUUAAUCCUACCAUUUUGUGGCCGUGUCUUUUGCCUGUUGAGUCUUCACCGGGUCAAGAAUGGCGGCGGCUGCUGAGGUGCAGGCGUUGCUCCGAUUUUUGACCAAAGAUGCCAAAAUCCCGCUUGCUGAAGCAAUGUCUAAGAUAAAUGUUCUUCGGAAACAGCAAUUCAAUACCCCGGAGAGCAUCUCCAAGGCUGACGAAGCGGUCCUGCAGACUGUGUUUACUGACGACAAAGUGCUGAAGCAGGUGAUCAAUGCCGCGAAGCGCGUAGUCAAUCCAAGAAAGCGCCCCUCUUCUGAAGCAAGUUCUCCUGCAUCAAAGCGCGUUAAAGGGGAAUCCAAUGUACUCGAUGAUGAAGAGGCACUGGCUUUGCCGCUUUCGGAUCUCUCCUUCGACGAGAUCGAAACCACGACGAUCGAGACCAAUCGAGCGCCUCUGUUCCUCGCUUUUACCAUCGCUGUGCUUGCCUAUACUCACGCUGAGCAACCGCUUUCAAGUCGCUGGAGCAUGGCGCAAGCGGUCGUAAGUGCUGGUGCGCAGAGCAAAGCGAAAUAUCUUGGCUUGACAUCUGGGCCGACCGCAGAAGAGGAUGGAUGGGCUCUCGGUCAGCCAAAGGUCAAGAUAAUGGGAAGAGAAGUUGCUGUCAUGCGCAGACAUGUCGUUUCCAGUAGCGAAGCUGAAUUCAGUGCUCCCACUACAGCCUUCUGGGGGUUGGACCUUGAAGCCCUCCGCCGGUCGAACGGACCACUAACAGCAGGAAACGGAGGCAAGAGGCAAGACGGUCCUCCCAUCCACAAACCUUUCGCAGCACGAAAUUACCUUUUGAAGUCGAUGAUCGUCGUUGAACAGGAUAAUUCAGCGUCCAGCGAGCAAGAGAAGGGCAAACAAGCGGCUAAGAAGGGAACCGCCAAAAGCUUGGCCAGUAAGAGGGAAGAAGCGGCAGCAAUCACGCUGAAAGCCAUUGAUACUGUUUUACAGAGCUGGGCGGUCACAUUGAGCAAUGAGGAGUUGGACCAAAAGGCUCAGUCAUGGUACGUGCGUGUUAGACCUGACGUGGAGCAUGGCCAAGCAGGAUGGGGUCAGAGAGGGAAAAUCCAGCUUCAAGAUAUUCUCCGGCUGAAGAGGGGAUGAUGCGAGAGUUUCGCUCGAGCUGCCACAAUCAAGUACGCCCUUUGUUCAAAUGCUGAGGCAAUAUUCUGAGUAUCCCAUGACUCCAGCUCCCGAUUGCGGCCCUGAGUCCAGUUGGCGUUACCAAGAGAUCCGCAGGAUGCCGUCCUGGUACAUCGUGCUCAUACGACCACUUCUCAUUGCCCGCCAGCACUGUUCUGGUCGGACUUGCCAGUGUCUUUCUGACCGACAUCGCCUUUUGAAUGUCAGCUUGCAAAGCGACGAAGAUUUGAUUCACCUACCC